AUGAAUUUAAUUAAAGUUGGUCCUGCUGGAGGAAAAAGGGGAACUGUUUGGGAUGAAAAGGGUAAAGGAGAAAUUGCUAAGUUUUUUUUUUCCUAUGAUGAAAUUGCAGUUUAUUCACUUCAAUUUUUGUUUGUUGAGAAUGGUAAUUUUGUUUUGUCUGACACACAUGGUCCUGCACACAACAAUAACUUCACUACUGUUGUGUUGGAUCAUCCAUCAGAAUUUCUUACUUCGAUAAGAGGUUUCCAUGAUCGUGAAUCACCUGAUACGUUUAUAUAUUUGAGAUCAAUAACGUUCGGUACCAACAAGGGUACCUAUGGACCAUAUGGCAUGAAGACUCUUGUUAAUUACAAACUCCUAAAAGAGUUCAACUUUGAAAUAGGAGAUGAUCGUACUUUUGGUGGAUUUCAUGGCACCAAAUAUGGUGGUGGCAUUGAGAGUAUUGGGGUCUAUGUGAAGGCCGUCACAUCCUCCAUGAUCAAACCAGGACAACAUACUCGAAAAAGGGUUAAAACGGAACAAGGUUAA